AUGGCUGAAGCAGUCGGGCUAGCAUCUGGAAUCCUUACUUUGGCGUCGUUUGCGUUUCAAUGCAGUGUCUCACUUUACCAGACAGUGGACAGCUUCCGUUCCCAUCCGAAGCGUGUGCGUGAACUUCUCGACGAGCUGGAAGCUUUAAGUGCUGUGCUCUCUCCCCUCAUCGAACUGGUGAAGUCAAAUUCAGGCGUCGAUCUCUCAUUCCUGAACCUGCCGCUAUGGCGAUGCGGAAAUGUUUGCAAAGAGUUCCAGCAGGAGGUUCUCAAAUGCGCAUCGCGGUCAAAUAGUAGCCGGGCAAGCUUCCGGGAUUGGGCCAGAUUGACGUAUAUGGGUGAUAAUAUUGCCGAUUUCCGUGACUUGCUAGCGGGAUAUAAAGCCACGAUCAAUAUUGCCUUAACCGAUGCCAACCUGCGUCUAUCAGCGGCUACAUUUGAAAAUAUCGAGGAGUACGAGAGUCUUAUCCAGGAUGCGAAAGAGGACCUAAGCUCUCGACUCGAAAGCAUUGAUAGGAAGUUGGAAGAACUGACUGAGAAGGGUUUAAAUCAACCUGGAACAGAUGCAGCCGAGAUGCGCUCUCUGAGAGAAGAGCGCUUGAGUACAGAGAAGUGCCUUCAGAUCUGUGCCCAGUUGUCCAGCCAUAUCGACCAGAUUCAGCUGAUGUCCGACGAGGCGGGUUCAUCUCUGGGAUCAGGCGGAGCUGAAACGUCACCCGAACGAGUCACAAAUGAAGGCCUACAAGAAUGCAAAAAUAGCUUGGCUACGACCGCUACUAAGUUGGAAAAGCAUAUGCGAGAUGUUAUGGAUCGGCUACUCGCCAAAUCAAACUCUGAUGAAGAUUGUCAAGAUCUAUCCAGGCUGCGUGAUGAAUGGGAAACCGCCCGACAGUGCUUGGAUAUUUGCACACGGGCGGAUAGUCACUUAAAGGAGAACGUCAGCAUUAUCGAAAAUCACGGCAAUGGUGACUCGCUACAGUUCAUGGUCUCCGCAAAUGGAAAAAUUCUUCACGGAAAGAACCGGGGUAUGGGUUGGAGGAACACGCAGGUGGGAGGCUACAUGAGCAAUCAGUCAGUCCAGCAGUUAUCACGAGACCUCGCGGCUAUUCAUACUCGUCACUUGAGGAGUGACCUAUCCAACUCAAAAGAUGGUUUCAAGUCAGAUGCCGGCGAUGUGGGGGAGGGCACGACGACUACCGAAUUUAAGGAACGAUAUGGGCGAGGCUUCACUCUGGAACCACUGCACACGUCAGACAGAGAGACAUCUCAACGCAGUGCGAGCAAUUAG